AUGGGGACGCUGGGCUUUUUAAGUGAAUGGAAGUUCGUUGAGUAUAAGCGCGCCUUUCGCGAAGUUUACAUGUCGGGAGCGGGCGUUGGAGACCGAGCGCCCAUCCUGGAAGACCAAAACAUGACCUCGCCGGCAGCGUCGGGGCAAGGUCCGACAGGGUGGUCCUCCGUGCGCGGUAAAUCGAUGGGCGCAAGCCGCGGUGCCCGCAUCCUGAUGCGCAAUCGGUUGAAAGUGGGUUUGUUCACGGCCGACGGCGCACCCGUUCAACGCGACGAUGACUCGGUCCCUAUGCAGGGCACGUUGGGUAGGGACGGCGUGUACGUGAUGAACGAGGUGCUGUUCCAUCGCGGAAAGGAGCCGCAUCUCGCCGUGGUGGACGUGUACGUCGGCGGGCGCUUUCUCACCGAGGCAGUCGCGGACGGAAUCAUCAUUUCGACGCCCACCGGCAGUACAGCCUACAGCCUGAGUAGCGGCGGCAGCAUCGUGCACCCACUCGUGCCAUCGAUUCUCUUGACGCCGAUCUGCGCGAGGAGCCUCAGUUUCCGACCGUUAGUACUACCAUCCAGCACGCCGAUCACGCUGCGACUGAGCGAGAAGAACCGCGGUCGUGAGCUAGAGGUGAGCAUCGACGGGGUGAACAUGGGUCAGGGAAUGGCCUUCGGGAUGGAGGCACGAGUCUGGAACGAGGAGAUGCGACAUGGGAAGAAUGAAUGGCAGGGCGGCGUACCUUGCGUGAUGCGCAGGAUCGUCGGCAGCGAGGCGCAUGACGGAUGGGUGGGCGGAUUGAACGGCCUGUUGAAAUUCAAUCAUCCAUUUGGCGAGGAGACAUGA